CAUCUGUAGACAAUUAGCAGGUGAUGGUCUGCAGACUUAUGCAAAUUUAUAAUACUGUUAGAAGGGUCUGGAACUGAAUAAGCUAUUUUCCCCUUGACUGGUUGGUAAUCCUACCUGUAAUGUGGGCCAAUAUCCUCGUACAGAAGGAAGAGAUCACCUCAUUUCUUUCUUAUAUGUAUUAUGUUUGCCACAAAAUUAUGAAAGACACUUUAAUCAGUUCUAAUUGGUUGGUUAUAUUUGUAUAUUGAGUAACUAUUUCUGAAGCAAGAAGCAUAUUUUGUUUUCAGCUGUAUGCAUAUGCUGUAUCACUGUAGAAGAAUAAUGCCUGUUGUGUGUGAGCGAAGAGCAUGCUUCAUAUUAACCAUAGAUAACAGAUGCUUUAUCAUUAGGCCCUGCUACUUCGCCAACCCAAGGAAGGAACUUCCUCUCAAGAUGGCCAAAUAUAGGUUAGUCCUGCUGAGGCAUGGUGAAGGGGCCUGGAACAAAGAGAACCGCUUCUGCAGCUGGGUGGAUCAGAAGCUGAGCAGCGACGGGGUGAAGGAAGCUCAGACCUGCGGCAAACACCUCAAAGCGCUCGGUUUUGAGUUUGACCUCGUGUUCACGUCCAUCCUCAGCCGUUCUAUUCAGACUGCCUGGCAUGUGCUUACAGAGAUGGGGCAGGAGUGGGUUCCCACCGAGGCUUCCUGGCGGCUGAAUGAGAGGCACUAUGGUGCGCUGAUCGGCCUGAACAGAGCAGAGAUGGCGCUGAACCAUGGCGAAGAGCAGGUGAAAAGAUGGCGGAGGAGCUACGAUGUCACCCCCCCUCCCAUCACAGAGUCCCAUCCUUAUUAUCAUGAAAUUUAUAAUGACCGGCGAUACAAGCAUUGUGACGUACCCUUGGAGAAACUUCCGAAGGCCGAAAGCUUAAAAGAAGUGCUUGAUAGACUCCUUCCCUAUUGGAACGAGCGCAUAGCACCGGAGGUGAAACGGGGUAGGACGGUUCUCAUUUCUGCUCACGGGAACAGCACACGGGCUCUGCUGAAACACUUGGAAGGCAUCUCUGAUGAAGCCAUAGUCAACGUGACUCUUCCCACUGGCAUCCCAGUGCUCCUUGAGCUUGAUGAAAAUCUGUGCGCGCUCGGCCAGCACCAGUUUCUUGGUGACCAACAAGCAAUCCAAGCGGCUAUCAAAAAAGUGGAAGACCAAGGGAAAGCUCCACCUGUCCUUGAGAAAUAAAGACCUUUGUAUGAACGCUUUGCCCCUCCCUCUUACCAUGCAUAGUGAGGAACAACGCUUUGUGAUUGCACUAUGCCAAUUUUUGUUUAAACUUCUCAGCAAGUGGUAGAUAACGGCAGUUUAAAUUAUAGCAUUUUAUCAAUGGAGACUAGAGAGCAACUCCUGAUAGGAGUAGCAGCGGGGAGUGAAUUGGGUAGAAUUAGGCUAGAACAACAGAACACUUCUGUAUAACCAUCCCACAUCCUUUGUAUAAAAGAAGCCCAGUAUAUAUGGAAGUAUUACAAAUCAGUGUCUAGUAGUGUCUUUAUAACGUAGAGGGAAAAUGCCUUCUGAUUAACCUAGAACUCAGGGGUGGGUUACAUGUUCUCAGGUUGACAAAUAUGAUUCUUCAUAGAAUGCUUGUUCCAGAACGUUGGGUCUUCUGCCCUCUGAAAGUUCUUCAAAUUGUUUAUAAUUGGGCAGUGUCUGUUUUCAGAUUACUCUUUGUUAGACAGGUGUUGAUUUUAUAGCAUAACUGAUGCUAUAAUUUGGAAUGGAGUCCUUUUUAUAAGCCCAAAAAUACUCUUCUCCUGAAUCUUCCCAAGUUUUGUUUUCUACUUUGGGAGGAGACCAGUGAGAAGCAAAGCCAGUUGGAUUUGAUUUUCACGUAAGAAUGAAGAAGGUUGAAUGUUUAUCACUUCAAAUCACCCUUCCCCAGUCUGCCUUUUAAAAAGAUUUGUCAACCUAUAGGGUUGCAUCAAACCCUUGUUGUCUGGCAGUGGAAUUGAAAUAACAGAACUGAAUUAGCCAUUCCUUGCGGCCUCUAGUAUGCCACCCAAACUCUAUUUCAGAGGGUUGGGACCCUCUAGAGCAGAUGUGUAAAAACUGGGGGCUACGGCAGGGGAGGUCAGUAAGGAAGAGUCCUGUCAGAUUCAACCUGUACAUUUGUCUUAGAAUUAAAGUUGAAUUAAAGUUGUGUUUGACAGUUAUUUACACAGAAGAGCGAGAGUUUUGCUUUUGUUCACAACAGCUCCUUUGCACUGCUAAGCUAUGUAGGAGCUCUGUGUGCUUCUGCUGUAUUUUUUUAUGACAUGGUACAAGGCACUGGGUCCAGGUGGUUGUUUUCCCUUCGACUUCCGUAUGGUGCAUGUUGAUGGAAGACUAAAGUUAUAGAAAGCAAAAUAUAAACUCCUGAUUGCUAUUUUGGUCCAUUUUACACUUCCAGUGUGAUCUGCGUACCACAGUGAGCAUCAAAACAGCUGAGGCUGUGUGCGCGCAACUUCUUUCAUUUUUAAAAUGUAUAUUAAAUGUUUCCAAGGCUUAACAGAGUGAAACAUGAUAUAAAACAAUUAGAGAAUAAAAUGGUAUUUUUAUAAGCAAUGUAACAAGUUAUCUAACAAAUGCAGUCAUGAAUUAACAAAGAUGACUGGGGAUAAACAAAAAGCUAAAACUCCACUGAUCUGUUGGUGAGGGAUGGGGAGAAGAGAGAAGAAAAGGGAUUCUUUCUCAUAUAAAGAGAGCCGGUGGUGGAAUGGUCUCCCCUUAAUGGUUAAAAAGUGUGUGUGGGUGUGCUGAAGUCUCCCCCCAACCUGUAACUUGGCUCCUGUUAGGGUACAAUCCUGUGAUUUUCUGGCAUUGCUGGUUGUGUCCUCACAACUGGGCCUUAAGGCGAGGGAAAAGGGAUGUGCUGGAGGGUGAGUCUGAGGAGAUGAACCUGUUCCAGCCUCCUUCCCUUCCACUCCCCAGCACUAAAUAUAGAUAGGCAAAAGAUGAGAAAAUACUCACUCCGUGAGGGUGUAAAAGCUGGGCAGUGAAGAAGCUGGCAGGAAGAAAAUGGAUGCCUUUGAAACAAGGUGCUGGAGGAGAGCUUUGCAAAGCCCCUGGACUGGCAGGAAGAAGAACAAGUGGGUCCUGCAUCAAGUCAAGUCACAGCUUUCCCUCGAAGCAAAAAUGCCAAGACUCGGGCUGUCAUGCUCAGGAUGCAACAUGGGAAGACAAGACUCACUGGAGAAGGUAAAGUUGAAGGCAGAAGAGGAAGACCAAAUCGGAGAUGGGUGGGCUCCAUCAAGGAAGCCACAGCCUUGAAUUUAGAACAGCUAAGCAGAGAUACCAUGUAUAAGACAUGCUGGAGGGUUUUCAUUCAUUGGGUCUUCCUAAGUGGGAUAUGCCUUGAUGGCACAAAACAGAAAAUGCGGGGUGGAGCAGUGAAAAUUCCUGCUACCUCUUGCUUUUGUCACUGGACGUGUUUGGCCUCCAAAUUCAGAGGCCUACGUGCCUCCACUGUGCAGGUGAUGGGAUUGCACCUUGUUACGGUAAACAUUUUCUCUGUUCCUUGCUCAUUUCCAGUGUUUGAAGCACAAAUGACCAAAAGUACCCAGAGGAAAAGGAGAGGUUUCAGCACCUCUCUCUCAUGCACAUAUUUAUGGUUAAAUUAAGACUCAGCCCUUGGUUUUAUAGGCGAGUGAAGGCCCUACCAUGUUGACUUAGAACUGCUCUGGGAAGUGAAGAGGAGGUUGGCAGGAAGCAGGCGCAUCUGUGCGUACUCUAGCAGGGUUCAUGCUUGUUCUCCGAUGUGACGCCACUGCUUGGGUUUUAAGUAACUUGGUUAGCAUGGUGCUCCAGGCUGCAGUCGCCACAUUUCAGCUGCUCUUUAUGUAAUUUACCCAAAAGAGGUGCAUAACUUUUCCUGCACUUAACAUGUGGGGAACUGUGUGUGUGUGAGAUAACUUUCCUCUGAGGUUGUUUUUUUCAUAAUUUUUGCAAAGCCCAAUUUAAAUAAUAAUAAAGGAUCUGGGUAUCUUUUUCAAUGUUUUUAUGAAGUUCUCUUUUCAACCACAGAACAGCCACUUGGAGGGCGGCAUGUCAUCCUUAUAUCCUAGUUUUUUCCCCUUCCUGGUGACCAAUAUAAUUUCAUUCUUAUAAUACAGAGUAUAUAAUAUUCUGCCUGCCUUCUUGAAAAUGUAGUUUGUUGUGGUAGUGAUUCACUCAUUUUAUCUUUUUGCUGGAUCUUUUGUGCCAAUGAAGCAUAACUUAUGUUUUAUCACAAACUUCUUUUUUAGAAGCAUUUGAGAUUAUCUUUGAGAUUAGAUAGCAGGUUACUUCAAGAAAGAAAGAAAAAUCCCCACAGGAUUGUCAGAUAUCCACAUUAUAGCAAAGAAGUAUGCGACUUCGCACCCUUUAAAUCUCCACUGUGCAUUUCCUGGGUCCUUUGGCUGCUUCAGAUGCAUCCCUUUUUAAACUCCCACCGUAGGCUUCUCAGAGCUGCAAUGUGUUCAGUUUUGUGCUCAAGUAGCUCAAGUAGGGAUGUGAGGGUGUGUUUGGUAGACAGUAGGUAGAUAUUUCUCAGCAGAAUUCAAUUUACUUUCUAAACUGGGAAAUCCUCACAAGUGGCAUCCCUGGGAAGGUUUCAAGUGUGUGUAUCGGGGGGAGGGGGCGAGGUGGAAUGGAAAUCUGGUGGGAGAACUGAAGUAUGUGCACUGCUUGUUUUCUUUCCCAAACUAAACUGCUUUUACACCUGUACAAAUGACAAAUACAAUUUGGUUUGCACAAACAA